AGGUUGUUUAGCCAGCAUCCCACAAUAAACGAUGAACUGCCCAACCGCAUCCUCUCUGGAACAGUUCAGGUGAAGCCCAACAUCCGCAGAUUUCAGGGGUCCAGUGUGGAGUUUGAUGAUGGAAGUGUAGCGGAAGAUGUUGACCUGGUGGUGUUUGCCACAGGUUACAGGUUCUCCUUUCCAUUCCUGGCCUCACAUGUGGUCUCAGUGUCUGAGAACAAAACAUCUCUGUACAAGUAUGUGUUUCCUCCUGAGCUGGAGCAUCCCACACUGGCAAUCAUUGGCCUAGUGCAGCCUCUGGGAGCCAUUAUGCCCAUCUCUGAGAUGCAGGCCAGAUGGGCCACACGUGUCUUU